UCAUACAAGCAGCAAUAUUCCGUUGCAAGCGUGCAAUGUGUUCUCAAGCACCUAAUGUUCAAUCCAAACUCUGGGAAGAAGAGAGGCUCCCGUUCUAUAGGCCAGAGCAAUUCUAUCCCGUGCAUAUCGGUGAAUUACUGAAUUCGAAAUACCGGGUUGUGGGAAAACUUGGUUAUAGCUCUUACUCUACUGUAUGGCUAUUGUUACAGACCCCUGCUAGCUGAACAACUAGUAAGGCGGGUACGUCAGGCAGAAGGCCACACCCGGACGGAAGGGAACUCUUAUCGAGGAGAACCCUGAUCCAAACCGUCAGGUGCCACGGAUCACGUGACCAUGGUAUACAG